AUGAUAGCCCACGCCUACUCCCCCGUGAACCUCCUCUGCGGCUACUCUGACAACUCAUGCACCUGCUCCCCCUCCUGCCCCUGCAAAUCCUUCUCCCCCUGCACCACCUCCUGCUGCUACCGCAUCCCCCCAGGCCUCUCCGACUCUUACUACGAAAUCAUGACUGCCUCUUCUCAAACCGCUUCUGGAAGCUCGGGCGGCUCUGCGGCGUCGGGAGGGUCAGCAGGCUCAGGAGGAAGGUUGGUCAGCACGCCAGGGUAUCAGUAUACGGUUAGCUAUAGGGUGGAACAUGGGCCGGCGGAUGGGGGGUGUUGUUUGAUGAUGUAG